GAAUGUUUGUGGUCCCGAUUUGAGACAUCCAUGAUUCUUUGAUCUUUAGUGUCCUGGGUGAGAAGCUUAGAGGGUUGUUGGUUGAUAGAGGAGUGGCCGAAAGUGAGAAGCGGUGGCCAUCAGGGAGGUGAACAGAGCUGUAAGGGUCUUCAGCCUCUGAGCAACAGAGAGCAGAGGAGCCGCGUGGCACCUGGACAGCCUCCAGAUUGCUUUUUUCUUAAACUGUCUAGCCUCUCCACACAUCACGGAGUAAUGUAAAUACUUUUGUUCUGUAAACUGAUGAGUGAAACAUUGGCUGCGCCAAAGUGGUAACAGAAGAAAUCCUGGGAGAAAGCAUUUUGCCCUGCACUUGGGAUAGCUGGUAGACCUGUCAUGGCUCCUGUAAAGAUCAGCCACGUGGUAUCAUUUUCUUCUCAGGAUCCCAAAUAUCCUGUGGAGAACUUGCUGACCCCAGACAGUCAGAGGGGACCUUGGCUCAGCUGUCCUCAGGACAAGAGUGGGCAACUGAAAGUGGAGCUGCAGCUGGAGAGGGCAGUGCCCAUUAGCUAUAUUGACGUAGGUAACUGUGGCUGUGCUUUCCUGCAAAUUGAUGUGGGCCGAUCAUCCUGGUCUCUGGAUAGACCUUUCGUCACCCUGCUCCCUGCGACCAUGCUAAUGUCCCUCACUGAUUCAAAGCAAGGAAAGAACCGUUCGGGAGUCCGAAUGUUUAAAGAUGAUGAUUUCCUGGCUCCAGCCUCUGGAGAAUCAUGGGAUAGACUUCGUCUGACCUGCUCUCAGCCCUUCACACGGCAUCAGCCCUUCGGCCUGGCCUUUCUUCGGGUGCGGUCCUCUCUGGAUGCAUUAGGUGACCCUGAGAUGUGUCCUUCAACCGCUAUAAGCUUUGGGCCCAGCCAGGGCUCUUCUGAUGAUCAGGAGUCUGGUCCUAGCCCCUGGCUAGCUAAUCCUUCUAUCCGGAGGACAUUCUUCCCAGAUCCCCCAACGAACUCCAAGGAGGUGUCAGAGCUCAAGGAUUUCCUAAAGCAGCUUCAACCAGGGGCCUUGGGGCGUUCAGCUCGUAUGUUGCUUUCUGCUGCCCGCAAGGCACCUUCAGCCAGUCUGGCAAACCGAAAGAACAACCACACAGACGCAGGUGCCAGGCAGCCAGAGGGUACAGAGCCCAGAGCAGAGGAGCAAAACUCAGAGAAUGAUGGGGGCAGGAAGAAGAGACAGAGAGUGCAGGACCAAAGUGCUGAGGAUUGCACCCAUAGCCCUAGACAUUGUAGAUCCCCGGCCAGCUCAAACUCUCAGUCAAAAAGGAGAGGCACACCAAUAGCAAGGCACAGAGCGCACCGACCCCAGUCGCAAAGCAAUGGCGUCCAGGAUAGGGGACAGUGCCCCAUUUGUGCAGGCUCCUUCAGCGCUGAAAUUCUUCCUCUGCACGCUGCCACUUGUGGAGAGCCCUCCCCACCUCACGCAGCUCCUCCCUCCUCCUCACCAUCUUCAUCCCCGUCUGUGCUGUGGGUGUCCUCCCCCGAGAGCUCGCCGCCCGCUUCCUGGAUCCAGUGCCCCAUCUGCCAGGUGCACUUUGCCGCAAGCGAAGUGGAAGAACACGCCAGCGUGUGUGGGGAAGCUCUUCAGGGCUGAGCCAGGCGGGCUUUGACAAAGACUGGAGAGCGGAUCUCAACAGCCGAGAAGGGCUGACGAUGCUAAGCCUCCCGCCCUGCCUCCCUCCACCUGUUCCCUUGGGACUCUGCCUGAAGUCCCCUCUGAGCCCAGCUUGCUCUCCUUUUCUAGUUGUCAAGGCUCUGUCACCAUAGCACCCAAUUCUCCGAAGGACAGCUCUGUCUUUUUUACCUUUGGAACUUAUGAGUACAAUUGGUGAUCUCUAGGGUCUUGGAACACUAACCAGAAUGUCUUUCCCUUAGUGAGUGGUAUGCAUCCUUGUGCCCAUUUUCCUGCAAGGAAAACUGAGGCCCAGUCAAAUGAAAACUACUACCUGAAAGAUAAAAGCCUGUGGUGAUCUGGGAGACCAGAGUGAGCUUUGAGCAUGAUACUGAUACCCAGAAUCCCAAACAUUUAACUUCCAGUGUUCUUUCUUCUAUACUAGCUAUAUUUGGAUAACAGCUGUGUGACUUUAGCAAUAAUUUGUCUUAUCCGAGCUACUUGGGAGGCUGAGUGAAAAAGAUCACUUGAACCUAGGAAUUCAGGUCCAGCCUGAGCAAUAGAGAGAGCCCUGACUCAAAAAGAGAAAAGUAUCCUGUGCAUGUUUAAGAGUCUCAGCUCUUAGGAGGCUGAGGCAAAAAGAUUGCGAGUUUGAGGCCAGCCUGGACCACACAGCAAGUUCAAGCCUAGCCUAGGCUACACAGCAAGACCUUGUCUCAAACCAACAACUGAAGUAAUUUAAGAGAAACUAUAGUAGGCUGGGUAUAGUGGCUCAGACCUAUAAUCCCGACACUUGGGAGGCUGAGGCAGGAGGAUUAUCAGUCACCAGUACAAGGCCAUCCUGGGCUACACAGUGAGUUCAAAGCCAACCUGAAUUACAGAGUGAGACCAUAUCUCAAAAAAUAAUAAUAAAAUAAAGAAAAAAAAGAUUCCUUCAUCCUCCUCCUUACAGAGCUCUUGUAGAGACCAGAUAGGCUGACUAAGGAAUAAUUCUAGGCUUGGCGGUAGGGCACUGGACAAAUCCCAUUCCCCAUUUGCACAGUGAGGUACUCAGUGUGUGAGGUUCCCUCAAGCUGUGAUAGUCCAAAUUCUACUUCUACCUUUGAGCAACCACAUACUCCUCUCCCAGAAGAUUUCAUUGUAUGGUGCUAGUGCUAACAGUUCUGGUCCCCAGGGUACCAGGGAGAGGGGGAGCAGCUGGUCCUGGCAAAGGGAGGGCCCAGGGCGGGGUCGAAUGGGCUAGAAAGGGAAUGCUGGGUACGCUCAGGGAGGCAGACGAAGCAGGAUUUCAGCCUUCAGUUCCUGCCUGCGUAGGUGGGUGCAGCCAUGGACCCCCUUACGGUAAGAGGCUCUGCACCCCUACCCUCCCCUACCCCAAUCCCAUUCCUAGCUAUGAACAAAAUAAUCAGUUGGCCCAGAGGGGUGGCAGGGAGACCCGGGCUGCUGGCAGGCGGUAGCAUCACCAUGUUGGUGGAGGAGCCCCUGGAGCCCUAAGGCUGGGCCAGAAGACAAGCACAGCAAAGGUGGGAGCGAGUCUCAGAAGAAAGGGUCUGCAGCACUGGGGAAGAAAUGCCCUGCGGAAAGGGGGGGGGGGGCAGUCCAGAAUCCCUCUUGAGUGGAUUCAUCUGGAUCUGCUCUUGAGAGAGGUGAUGAGCAGCUACAAGAUGAAGUCAGCAAGAUGGGAGCUGGGGCCUGGCCAGACCCUGUGCACCUGUUAAACUGCCCUUGCUGUGUGCCCACGUGCGGCCCCAUGGUGUGUGGGUGGGUUCCCAUGAUGUGGAAGUUGAGCUGAGGAAGAGCCCUCCUCUCCCUGUGCCAGACAGGUUUGGCACUUCCUGACAUAGGAAUCUAUACAAUAAAAUGGUGAAUCAGA